AUGACCCUCAACUCUGUUGAAGUCGUUAUGUCGAUAUUAAAAGACCCCGCGGCGGCGGAGGCUUCCGCCCCUCCGCCGCUCCCCGCGCGCUGGCCGGUGGUGGACGCGCACCUGCACGUGUGGGCCAACGACGAGGAGGCGCGCACGUUCCCCUUCCAUCCCGGGCAGGAGCCCACCAUUCCUGGAGACGUUGCUCUGCUGCUCAAGAGCAUGGAGGAGGCGGGAGUGCAGGGCGCCAUCAUAACCCAGCCCAUCAACCACAAGUUCGACCACUCCUACGUCACCCACGCCAUGCGUCAGCACCCUUCGCGCUUCAUUGGUAGUUGCCUUGCUGACCCCACCCCUGGGGGAGGAGGGGUGCGAGAGUUAGAGAGACUCAUUCAAGAGGAAGGGUAUCAAUGUGUGCGCUUCAACCCAUACCUCUGGCCCGAAGGAGAGAAGAUGACCAACAAAGUGGGGCAGGAGAUGUUUUUCCGAGCAGGGGAACUGGGCGCACCUGUUGCAUUCAUGUGCUUCAAGGGCUUCCAUCUGCAUGCGGAGGAGAUAGAGCAGCUGUGCACAGCACACCCCGGCACACGAGUCAUUCUGGACCACUUUGGGUUCUGCCGCAACCCCAACCACCCCGCCGCCACCCCUGCCGACCGCACCACAUGGGAUCGCCUGCUCUCACUUUCCCGCUUCCCUCAGGUGUAUGUGAAGACCUCGGCGCAUUUCCGAGUGUCAAGAGAGCCUUACCCCUACUCAGACACAUGGGAGCAAGUGCGUGAUUUGAUUAAGGCUUUCGGCGCACACAGGUUGCUAUGGGGAAGUGACUUCCCAUUUGUGGUUAACGAGUGUGGCUACAAGGAAACGGGCUCACGAAAAAUCCCUCUCUCGCGACAGUCGUCGCCUUUCCUCAAGAACUUCAAGUGCGACGCGUUCGCCAACGGCAGCGACUACUGCCAACUUGGUCAAGACGGCGUGCUUAACCUUCGAGCGUACCACAACAACAUGGGAUCCUUCACGUCGCGCAACUUUUACAAGUACGGCAUGUUCAGCGUGCGAAUGAAGUUUCCCCAGGGUUACUCGGGCGGCAUCAUCCCCUGCAUGUACUUAAUCUCCAGCGGGAACAAAGGUUUCAAAGACGUACACGACGAGAUCGACUUCGAGUUCCUAGGCGGCCAGAACCCGCGCGAGAUUAUUAUGCAUACUAAUCUGAUUACUAACGGCUACAACAAGCUUGAGCAGUUCACGUUUCCGUUCGACCCGUCCGCCGCGUACCAUCGCUACAGCAUCCUUUGGAGCCCCACGACGGUGACGUGGUUCGUUGAUUCCAUCCCCAUCCGUAUCGCAAACCGUCGGAAUAGUCCUGCGUUCCCAUCCAAGCCACUCCAGAUUCGGGGCUCCAUCUGGGACAGCUCUGCCUGGAGCGUACUCAAGUCCAACUUCAACUCAGGACCCAUCACGGUCAGUUUCAAAAAUUUCAACAUUCAGGGCUGCCGCGUCACAAGCCGCAGCAUCCCUCGCUGCGCCACGUACAAGGCUGGGAAGCAGCCGUGGAUGUAUCGCAUGAGCGGGCUGCAGAAGAAGCUGUACGUGUGGUUUCAGAAGUACCAUGUGGUCAAGAAGUACGCCUGGGAGAAGACCGUGUAG